UAGCUGAAUACGAAUAGGAUUGGUGCGAUCAAGUUUAAAGGGUAAUAAUACUCCAGUGAUGUCCACUGCAUCGAGUAGCUCAUUCAUCACCUGCAUGUUUACUCUGGUAAAUGAGUCAGGCGUUGCGCUGGGACACCUAAAGCUCAAGCAGCGCUGUUGAUGUCUUCCGCAUUGGCAUGUUACAGGUGCUGUCUGUGUUUGUGUGUUUCUCCACGUCAGUCACAGUAAUAAUCAUCACAGUCAUCAUCUUCAGCUCACCGCACAGCUAUGUCAUUACAGGAGUCUGAUGACAGCUACGAUUUUGUUUUCAAGAUAGUUCUGGUUGGAGAUGUCGGUGUCGGAAAAACUUGCGUGGUUCAGCGAUUUAAGACCGGUAUUUUCAUGGAGAAACAGGGCAGCACAAUUGGAGUGGAUUUUACUAUGAAGACGCUGGAAAUACAGGGGAAAAGGGUGAAGGUUAGUGCUUUACAGAUAUGGGAUACAGCUGGACAGGAGCGAUUUCGCACCAUCACACAGAGUUACUACCGCAGUGCCAAUGGUGCCAUCAUCACUUACGAUAUCACAAAGCGAUCCUCUUUUAUGUCUGUGCCCAAGUGGAUGGAGGAUGUGAAGAAAUAUGGUGGUUCCAACAUAGUUCCUCUUUUAAUUGGUAAUAAAUCGGAUUUGACUGACUUGCGUGAAGUGCCCUCUGAAGAUGCACAGACCAUGGCUCAUCAGCUGGAUUUUGUUACUGCCAUCGAGACGUCAGCCAAGGACUCUAGUAAUGUGGAAGAGGCAUUUAACAAAAUGGCCACUGAGCUCAUCCUCCGACAUGGCGGGCCCAUGUUCAAUGAAAACGUAACAGAUAGCUUCAAACUGAACAGUAAGGAUGUGACCAGUGAGGGAUGGGGAUGUGGCUGUUGAUUAGUUCAUUCUCAUGAAGCAAUAAAAGCUUUGGUCAUGUAAAUCAGGUACUAUCAGUUAGAGCUUGUUUAAGUGCAUCUCUAAAAGAAGAAUAUACAAAAAUGCUUCAGAAUGUUUGUACCAUUGGCACAAUUAUAUUUUGCAAGUCCUCAAUCAGCUGACAUGUAAUGCACAUCACACUAACGUUGAUGAUGUUAGGGACAACUGAUUUUUAUUAAAUAGGUGGACAUGUGGAUAACUUUAUAGUGCUCUUUUAAGGGGGACAUAUAGGGUGUUUUCACAUAUAGUUCAUUUUAAAAGAACCAAACCCAGUUCACUUAAAGUGAACCAGGAAAGGAACUAGCUGAAUGUGUCCUCAGUCCUUUUGGUGUUCACAAUAUAGUGGACUCAAAAGAGGACCCAGUUCUCUUUUUGGUCCUCUUCAGAACUAAAGUGAUCUCAGACCUUUUCUUGUUCACAUCACAACUUCAAAAGAACUCAGAUCCCAGCUUUCUGUGCAGCAGUUUAUUUUGAUACAAUGUCCAAACAACAUGCAAAGCGGACCGGGACCUCAUUGAUUUCACAUAUCAAAAAGAAAUCGAACCACAAAAGAACCCAAAAGCGAACCGUACUCAGACCACCUCCUGACGUGGUCUGAGUUCGGUUCACUUCUGGGUCCUUUUAAGGGGGUCUGAGAUCACUUGGUUUGUUCACAUAUACACCCUGAACUGAUCUGAGAGCGUUUGGAGGGCUCAAACGAACUAGGUGUGAAAACACCCAUAAUGACUCGAUGUUUAAGUGCUAUAAUAGGCUCCCCGGUGCUUCUAUCAACCUAGAAAAUGUGAAGAAACGACCCAGUAACUUAGUUUUGGUAAACCAUUCUCUGCAAGCAUGUGAAAAAAUAGAUCAUUGAAAUUUGGCUCCCCUUGUGAUAUCAGAAGGGGAUAAUACUGCCCCUUAAUCUGCACUAUCCAUAUCCAACCACUGCACUGCCAUUUAGUGCAGAGAUCAACUCAUUUGCAUUUAAAAUGACACACCCAAAAAGCUGCACGUUUUUGCUCACACAUACAAAGUGGCAAUUUUAACAUGCUGUAAUAAAUUAUUUAUAUGGUAUUUUGAGCUAGAACUUCACACAUGUACUCUAGGGACACCAAAGAUUUAUUUGACAUCUUAAAAACAUCUUGUGAAAUGUCCCCUUUAACAGCUGCCAUGAACCAACUUAUGGGAUUCGAAGUUUUAUACUUUUUUACUUAUCUAUGUGUCUUUUCUAAUCUACUGUCAACAAACGGACUGUUUAUGCAACUCCUUAAACUGAAACUUUAUAUUAGAUGCCAUUAGAUGGAUAUUUUAUAUAUUUCAGUUCAUUUAAACGCCACAACGCUUUAGUUUCAUAAACAUGCUUUUUAAACUAUGAACAAUGUUCUGAUAAUAUUGGUUCAUGCUCAAUUUUUAACGGUAUUCCACUGAAGAAUUAAGAAGUAGCCUAAUUUGCUAUUUUGUUUUAAGUGGGCAUUGUAACCAGAGCCAUUUUAUGUGCAAUAUUUUAUGUGUAAGAUCUCAGUUUGGUAAUUUAUAUAUCAUUGACUUAUGUAUAGGUGUUUUACAAGAAAUCAACACAUAUAUUUAGGACAUGAUGGUGGUGAUCUUUAAGAAUGUCUUCAUUUUUCUGUAGUUUUGAAAGACAAAUUUGCUUUUAUUAUUCUAAACAAUAUUAUUCUAAAGAGGAAGGCAAUAUUUUAGUGCAAAUGUGUAUAUCAUUUUAUGAAUAAUUACUGUGCCUUUCCAACUGUUUCAGUAUUUUUAGCACUAUGACAUUGUAGUUUGUUAUUAAUCAACUCAUAUUACUGUGCAUUUAAUAAUGUCAAAUUGUCUGUCAGUGUAAUAUUUUUUUUGAAAGAUGAGAUAAAGUUACUGCGGUUACGCUCACUGAGUGGCAAAAAGUCUGAGGGACAGCAUUAGCAUGGCGUGAAAAUGCGUCUAAAAGGGGAAAACUAGUUGUGUGAUGGACUGUGUAAACAGAUUCAACAAAAAUUGGAGCGGUGUGUUUUAAAGCCUGCAAAAAAUACUCAAAGGAGAAGUAAAUCAGUAGCAGUAGCCAUAUGCCAGGUAUGUAAAAUUUUGGGACAAAAAAAUCCUAUAAAAACACACCAAUGAAUACUCUUAUGCGGCAUUCCCAUAGGAGGCGGUGCGCGCUGCGCUAUGAAACCCAUUCAUUUCAAUGGCUUGCGCUGCGCAAGGGCGGUUUGUUGUUGCGUCGAGCAAAGCGCGGGCGCAGCUUGCGCUCACGCCGCGGUCAAAGUUCAAAAUAGUUAAACUUUUGCGCUGCGCUCUGUGACGAUUACCCGUGCGGCCAAUAGAAACGGGGCAUCCAAACAAAAUGGACGAAGAGCUUAUGCUGGGGUCUGGCCAGCAGAGCACAAGCGGCGAGCGCAGCGCACACCGCUUCCUAUGUGAAAGCCGCAUUAUUCUCUGUAAUUGCAAAGUUUUGUUAGGAAGCCUUCAUUAAGCAAGGGAAGUUUAUUUGUAUUGCACAUUUCAUACACAAAGAUCAUUCAAAGUGCUUUACAUAGAAAUGAGAAAACAAUAUAUAAGAGAAAAAAGUAUGUAGAAAUAUAAGACAUAAAAGAAAUUAUAGAUAUAUGAAAAUUUAAAAUAUCAAUUAAUAGAAGAUAAAUGUGAUUUUUAAAUGUGUGAAAAAUAAUAAAACAGGAAUAAAAGUCACAAUAUAUAAGAUCCCACAGGAGUGGUGCAAGAAUUGAGCCUUGCAGGACUCCGCAUGUCAUGGAUCUCCAAUCAGGUUUAUGGCCACCUAUACUCACAUAAUAACCUCUCCCUUCUAAGUAUGACCUGAACCAUUUCAAGGACCAACCCAGAAAGCCCGACCCAGCUUUCCAGCCUGUGAAGAAGUACAGUGGCAAGAAAAAGUAUGUGAACCCCUAGGAAUGAACUGGUUUUCUACAGUGAUUUGCCAUAAAAUUUUAUCUGAUCCUCAUCUAGGUCACAACAAUAAACAUGAUGUGCAUAAGCUCACAAGACAUAAAUAAUUCCAGUUUCUUGUGUCUUUUUUGGAAACACCGAUUAAACAUUCACAGUGCUGGAGGAAAAUGUAAGUGAGCCCAUGGACUAAUUACUUUAUUGAAAGCUUUUUUUGUCAGAAGCUGGCAAACUGGAGUCCAAUUAAUAAAAUGAGUUUAAAUGUGUGGUUUAGUGCAACUUUGAUUGAUAUUAAUACACUCACACAUUUUAAGAUUGCUGUCCUUAAGAAGCAUCAGCUCUUCUGAACCAUGCUCUUAUAAAGAUAUCUGAUCAAGAGUUGUUGCACUCCAUAAGGCUGAAAAGGGAUACAAAACAAUCUCAAAAUGUUUAGACCUCCAUCAGUCUACAAUUAGAGAAAUUGUUUAUACAUGGAGACAGUUAAAUACUGUAGCUACCCUUCCUAGAAGUGGGCGCACAGUCAAGAUGACUCCUAAGACACCAUGCAGAAUACUCAAUAAAGUAAAGAAGAACCCACGAGUAACAGCUAAAGGCUUGAAGACAUCAUUGGAACGAGCACACAGCUCUUUUCCUGAGUCUACCAUACGCAAGUCUUUGGACAGGCACGGUGUCUAUGACAAUACACCACGGAGGAAGCCGCUGCUCUCCCGAAAAACAUUGCUGUGAGCCUGAAGUUUGCAAAAGAGCACCUUGGCAAACCCCAGUGCUACUGGGAAAAUAUUUUAUGAAUUGAUGAAACAAAAGUUGAUUUUUUGGGGAAAAAUUUUAUGACGCAAAAUGGGCACAGCUUACCAACAUCAAAACAUCAUCCCAACAGUGAAGUAUGGUGGAGGGAACAUGAUUUGGGCUUGCUUUGCUGCCUCAUGGUCUGGACCACUUGCCAUCAUCGAGGGUAAAAUGAAUUAUUACGUUUAAAAAAAUCCUACAGGAUAAUGUCAGGGUGGCUGUCCACCAGUUGAAGCUCAGUAGAAGUUAGUUGAUGCAACAGGACAAUGACCUUAAGCAUUGUAGUAAAUCCACUACAGACUGGCUUAAGAAAAACAAAAAGUCAAAGCCCAGACCUUAACCUGUGGAAUGACCUCUAAAGAGCGGUUUACACCAGACAUCCUACAAAUGUGUCUGAGUUAAAGCGGUUUUCUUACUUCUGAACGAUGCGCAGAUCUGAUUCAGAACUACUGAAAGCGCUUGCUUGAAGUAUUUGGUGCCAAAUGAGGCUCAACAAGCUGUUAAAUCCAAAGGUUCACUUAUAUUUUCCUCCAGCACUAUGAAUGUUUAAUGGGGGUUCUCAAAAAAGACACAAGAAACUAGAAUUAUUUGUGUGUUGUGCGCAUUGUGUUUGUCUAUUGUUGUGACCUAGAUGAGGAUCAGAUCACAUUUUAUGGCAAAUCACAGUAGAAAACCAGUUUAUUCCUAGGGGUUCACAUACUUUUUUUGCCACUGUAUGUUGUGAUUGACAGUGUCAAAAGCAGCACUGAGGUUGAGUAGCACCAUGCAGCACUGGUACUGACUUGCCUGUGUCUGUAUUGAGGCGAAUAUAAUUUAUUAUCUUUAUGAGCACUGUCUCUGUACUGUGGCGUAGCCAGUAAUGGGCCAGGGCGGCACUAACUCCCUGGCCCGCCCAGGGAAGUUUAAUCAAAAUAAUUUUUUUGUUUAUUUUUAUUAUUCAAAUGUUUUUUAAGAAAAUAUAUUAAUAUAAUCCUGAUUUAUUGUUGACCGGUGUGCGUAUAAUUUGCUUUCUAAAUAAAAUGGAGUUGUUAAAGCAAGUUGUAGGAAGCCUCCGGAACGUAAUUGGUUGCUAGGGGUUCUGACAGGUAGACUCUGUGGGGAGCGACGGGCUCUGGCAGCCAGCCAGCUAACUUUGCUAACUGCUUUUUUAGCUAAUAUUAAAAUUGCCACAAUAAUGGCUAAAGUUUCUUUAAUGUGUUAUUUAAAAAAGCAAGAGUUGAGGAAGACGAUACGCCACUGCCUCCAUCUGCCGAGUCCUACCAGCCCAGUUCUUCAGACUCAUCAACCCACAAGGCGGCUAGUCAGACGCGCUGGUGGCGCCGGUUGCCGCUUGCUCCCUGGCGGCAGUUCCAGUGAGCUCUCCGGUCAGACUGACACAGGUUGACCCGCCGAUCUAACGGCAAUUGAUGAACCACGUACAACCCAAUUUGAAUCCACGAGUACUACUCGCCUCAAAAACCUGUGCCUUUUGUUUUUUGAAAAAUAACUCUGUGACUCUUUGGACUAUAAUGAGAUCAUUUCUGUUUUCAACAUUAACCCAGGCGUUAGCGUCUUGUUUUGUAGAAUGAAAACAACAAAGGUAAGCCUGUUGUUUAACUCAUUUCCUUAAUUUUUGCUUCGCGAAGUGAUUUAACUAAGUGGUGUGUUGUGUAUAGAUGUAUGCCUUAUAGGUUAAGUUAAAUUGUUUAAUUUAAACGAGUUGCUAUUUUUUGGCACAAAAGCUUAAUUUCCACCAGGCUGAUUGCACUGUAUAUGGUUGAUUUAAUAUAAAUUAGGCAGUGUGUUGUUAUUUAUUUCAAACCGUGCUCUGCUGAGAGUUUUCAUUAUUUCAAUUUCUUGUUACUUUUAGCCUACUUUAUUUCAGGUGAACUGUUUUUGCAAUACUGACUAGCCUAAAUAAGACUGCCUGGCCUGGUUUGUCCAGCCUUUAUUGAGCUAUGUGUUGGUUGAACAUGUUUAGACAGUGUUUUAUUAUUGCCUUCUCCGAAAAUUGCAAAGGAAAGAUGUCACUGUUUUUGCAGAUUGUCUAUUCUUUUUUCUACUCUAAGGUUUAAUUAUUAUUUAAGUCAUUUUAUUCUAGGAUAAACUAUUGGCGCACUCACUUUUGCCCCAGCCCGCCCAAAAUACAAUUUCUGCCUACGCCCCUGUCAAGAACACAUCCGGGUAAUAAUUUUCAUGCGUCCUCUGUACUUGUGUUCUUGAGAAUUGGAAUUGAACUUCGACAGUUAAUGAUGAUGUAGAGCGAGAACACAAGGACGCAAGAUCACUGAAGAACGCAUAUUGAGAAAAAUAAAAAAAUAAUGAAUGAAAUGCGUCAUAUAGGAACACCGGUGUUGUGCCAAGGUACUUACCCCUGAAAGGAAAUGUAUUCCCGGUUGCGGGAGCGCGCACGCAUUUUAACAGUAAAGGCGGGCCAUUGGUUUGACCAAAGUAAAUGAAACUAUAACACGUGAAUUGUCUAAGCUAUUGUUUUACUAAUGUUGUUUUAUCAACGAUGUUUACCAAAGACAGCUAUCACGUGGCACAUCUAUCAAAAUAAAUACUUUUAUUUUUCUGUAGGCUAGCGAUCGAACUUCAUUGCAGUGAAUUAAGAAUAUAAGUUACUGAAAAAAAUACGAUGACACCGUUUCACAGCCUUUGUAUAUUAAAUUGUACUGAAUCCCCCCUCUUCCUUCCAGAGUGAAUUAAUAUCAAAAUCAUUUAAUAAUGCAUUGCACUUAAAUAGUGGGAAAUGUCAUACCCAAAAAGCGAUUGUACAGAUGAUGGCCUAUCAUCAAGUGUUUUAUUGUGUGAAUACUGCACUGUUAACGAUUUCCCUGUAUUUUUACAGUACGGUACUGACAGUACGGUUGCCUGUAUUUUGGUUUUACAGUACUGUACUGUAAUACAGUUUUACAGUACACAAAUUUGUACUGUAUAGUAAAAAAGCAUUACUUUACUGUAUUGUUACAAUAUUUUGUUAAUACGAUAAUAUUAUAUAUUAUAGCUAGAUAUUUAGGUUUAAAUCUAUAGUUUUUAAUAUGGUAAAAAUGCUAUCGUUGACAUGACAUUAUGAAUUAAAAGGCAAUCCAAGCAAUGUUUGUAUCAAAAAUUUUAUUAAAAAAAAAGAAUUGAAACGUAUUUAAAACAAGAUUUUAAACAAUAAUAAACAUAUAAACAAGUUAAAUAAAAUAAAAUCAAGUAUAAACAAGUUUGGAGACCCCUGCUGUAACACAUUUAACUCUGGCAAAUAGAACACUGGUUCAUAGUUUGAAGUUUUCAGUUUAAAGUCCAUCAUCGACUAAAAGGUAACAUUUCACUCUGGUAAAAAAAACACUGGCCCAUAGUUUUAAAUAUUCUAUUUGAAUUUCAUUGAACACAAAAAAAGAAAUGCAUUAAACUGUGGCAGAUAGACAACUGGCCUUUAGUUUGAAGUUGUCCAUUCAAACUCCAUCAGGGACUGCAUGAAGCUGUUCACAUGGGGGUUAAAGGUCACAGCUUUUCUCUGCACCAAGUUCCUUGUCUUUUUGCCUCCUCCUUGUCUGGAUGUGCACUUUUUCCUAUCUUUGGGAUUAAUUCUGUCCAGAAACCUGUUAGAAAUAUUAUAAACAUUAAGUCAACAAAUAUAAGAUUCUUAAAAAACUAAACUCAGCCCUGAAUUCACUCCUAUUCUGAAACAUUUUGCUCUUAUUCUACAGAAGAUUCACUUACCUCUGAACAAACUCUUUCCUCAAUGGACAGCAUCCACCUGGAUCCUGUCAUGAUUAAAUGUCCUGAACAGAAAGUACAAUUGUUACUGAUUUGGAUACAAACUUUUAUUUUGUGCGGUCGUGUAAAUGGUAAAUGGACUGCAUUUAUAUAGCGCUUUUAACAGACCUAUGGCCAUCCAAAGCGCUUUACAAUUAGCCUCACAUUCACCCAUUCACACACUCAUUCAUACACCGAUGGCGGUGUCAGCCAUGCAAGGCGCCAGCCAGCUCAUCAGGAGCAGCUGGGGUUAGGUGUCUUGCUCAAGGACACCUCGACACUUGGUCCGGUGGAGCCGGGGAUCGAACCACCAACCUUCCGGUUAGUAGACAACCUACAUGAACCACUGAGCCACUGCCGUCCACAGUGUAUACUGUGACAGUGUAUACAUGGGUGUUUAAAGAAACUGUAGUGGUACCGAACAUAAUGCGUUUUGUGUGUGUCUGGUAUCACCCGUUGUGCCUCCACAUCUGCCCUUACUCCUGAAAAGUGCAAGGACACUCAGGUAAACUACAAAUAAAAAGUGAUUAGCCACAUUCCUGUGUACUUUUACAUGUGACAUGAAAGCAUUUAAUAUUGCAGUCGAAAAAAUACAUGACUUGUAAUUGUACAGAUGAUACAUCUUACCCAAUCCAGCUUACAAGCCAUGGUAAGACUGUAAAAAAGACAAAUGUAAAAAAAUCUGUUAGCCAUAGAAAUAAGUAGACAUUGUGAAGGAAAUGGUGAAAGAAAAUUUAGUAACAGGUUUAUUCCUAACAGUGAACAAUAUAUUUUACAACAUUAAUAAUAUUUGAUAAUGUUCAUUGUGCAUUAACUAAUGUGAACAGAGACAAAUUGAUUGAUUUAAAAAUGUAUUAAGCGUAUAAAUUUUAUAUAAUAUAUCGUUUAGUGCAGAAAAUGUGUCAUACACGAUGGUAUAAUGGACUAUUUUACAUCCAGAGAUGAAGGAUCAGAUGACAGAGACGAGAAGACAAAGGUACCUAUUCACCUUAGUUUUCACGGCAACAAGGGCGGCGCCAUUGCGCUCAUUUUGUCAACGUACUUCCGGCCGCAUAGAUGAUGAGCAGCUGGGGCAGUGGCUGAAGGCGAUGCGUUAAAAAGCUCACUCAAGCGCCUUUAUGUUUGUUUCUUACCAAUUUUAACGGAGGGGAAGUCGACUAAGCAACACCCUUAUCCCAAGUAAUGGUUCAACAACUUUGACUACAAUGUUCCGGUAAUUUUAAAAAACGCCAGGUGUUGAAAAGGUGGUCAGUUUCAGAUGCAUUGAUGUGUAGUGAUGCAGUGGACAACUGUGAGGAUGAUACAAUCAUGGCCGUAGCCAGGGUUUAAAAAUUACCGAGGUCCAGGGUGGGGUGUUAAGAGUUAACAAAUGCUAUCCCAGGUGUGACAUCAUGCGAUCUGUCCAGGGACAACAGAUGUAAAAUAGCCUUUUGGCUAAUUCUGGCACAUUGUACAUUACUUAAAUGUAUUAUUGAUGUGCAUUGUCCCUGUUAAAUAAACCUGAAAUGAAAUGAAAGAAAAUGAUCUGCAUAUGUAAAAAACAAACACGCGUUACAACGCCGAACUCGCCAUGCUAAGGAUCCGGCGCACACCGCUACCGGUUCGGGAGAAGUUUAUAAAGUUUCGGGCACAGAACAAAGUGUUUAAAGUGCAACAGUGCUGAGAAAUUAAAGAUGUGUGUUGAAUCAUCAUUUCAUCGUCCAUCACUCCAUGUAUUAAAGCGAUCGAGUCACGAUGGUAUCUACAGUCG